UCCUUAGUUCCCUUUCUCUUCUUUGUUCAUUUUUAUUACAUUUUAUACGUUUUUUAUUUUACAUUUCAGCUCUUGUUUUUCCAACUCUAUCCGCGCCAACUGUCGAUCCUUAUUUUCCUUUACAACUUCCGGGCAGGACAACUAUACAAUGCGCUGCAAUCUGCUGACCAGCACCGUUGUGCUUGCAAUACUUGCACUGAGCUCAGUGUCGGCGGAGCAGUGGACGACCAAUGAGUACCUCGACGAGGCCAACAGGCUCCUCCUGCGCGGAAACUUUCAAAAGGCCAUAGCGCACUAUGACACAGCCAUAGAGAAGGACCCACAAAACUACCUCACAUACUUUAAGCGCGCAACCACGCUGCUUAGUGUCAGCAAGCACUCGUCGGCCAUCCGCGACUUUACCAGGGCGAUUGAGCUCAGGCCAGACUUUGAGCAGGCGUACUACCAGCGUGCCCGUGUGUACUUGAAGGAGGGCAACUACAGCGGCGCCGAGGAGGACAUUGCAAUGAUUUCGGAAAAAGGCAGCACAGCUAUGCAGACAAAGUCAAAGGACCUGCGGGACAAGGUCGCACUUGCAAGGGAGCUGAACGAGGCCGCGGAGCGGGCGCUUGCCGACAAGAAUUACGCAGAGUGUGAUAGAAAGGCCAGCAAGGUCAUUCGGGCGUCGCCCUUAUACGCGACGGUGCUCAAGACCCGUGCGGCGUGCAGGGUCGCCAGUGGGGACAUUGAGGGUGCCAGCGCUGAUCUGGGACGGCUGGUGCGCAUCCGCCCUGGGGACCUCGAGACACUAAACAUGUUGGCCGACCUGCACUUUUUGACUCUGGACGAGCCGGACCGGGGAAUGGAACACGUGCGCGCCUGCCUGGUGUCGGAUCCGGACAACAAGAGCUGCAAGGCGACGUACAUGCGGCUGCGGGGCUUGCAGCGCAAGCUCGCAAAGGUCGAGGCGGACGCUGAGAAGAGCAAGUGGAAUGCCUGCAACCGCGCAGUUGCGCCUCUUAGCGGCGAAGGCGGCCUUCUUAGCGAGGUCGACAGUAUCUAUGCUAGCUUCAUUGUGACUGCGGACAUUCCCGGGACUGUGCCGUCAAAGCUGGCCACGCGCCUGGCCGGCCUGGCAUGCAAGAGCUACGCAAAGACAAAAAGAUGGGAGAGCGCAAUUGCAUACUGCUCGCGCGUAAUUGACGCCGAGCCUGAGAAUGCUGACGCCCUGAGCAACCUGUUCGAGGCGCAGCUGGAGAGCUCCAUGCUUGAUCAGGCGCAGGCCACACUGAACAAGCUGAACCAGGUUGCUGCCAGCGGAGGCAUCAGUCAGCAAACAAUCCACCAGAGCCGGAUGAAGCUGGAGAACCAGAGGCGCAUGGCGUCGCGCAAGGACUAUUACAAGAUCCUCGGUGUUUCAAAGGAUGCAUCGUCGGUUGAGAUCAAGAAGGCGUUCCGCAAGAUGGCGCACCAGUGGCAUCCCGAUCGCUACCGUGGCGAUCUCCCAAAGGAGAAGGUGGAAGAAAAGAUGGCUGACAUCAACCUAGCAUACGAGGUUCUGAUGGACGAGGAGAAGCGUGCCAGCUUUGACCAGGGCCAUGACCCAAAUGAUCCGACUGGCGGCGCUGGACCCGACGGAUCCGGUGGGUUUGGCGGCCAUCCAUUUGCGCACCCGCAUGGCAGCGGUGGAAAGCCAGUGUUCUUCCAGCAGGGUGGCGGCAGCAAGCAGCAGUUCUCAUUCCAGUUUGGUGGCCCCGGGGGGUUCCCAUUCUAAGCCAAGUGCAACUUUACACAUCUUUUUUAUGAUAAUUGAAAUUUACACAGCUAGAAAUAUCUCGA